UCCAUCGGCCCGACACCGGUGGGCAGGGAGGAAGGGGUGAGGUGAGGGAAGGGUUACGGGUAAGCAUUAGGUGGGAGUAUGAGUGGGAGAAAAAUUGAAUACCUCCUCGCAGGUUUGAGGAGGGAAAAGUUGAAAAUGAAAAGAAGUGUUGGCACCGGAAAGGGAACACAAGAAGUAUAUAAAAGCCAAUGGUUUGCAUUCGAAAGUAUGCAAUUCCUAUGGGAUAAAAAUAAAUCUAGGAGGACAUUAAGUACGAUAGAAGAUGAAGUACAAAUUGUAAGUCCAGAGGCGGUAGAAGGUGAGGUGGUAGAGCAAUCAUACAUGGGACAAAAUUCAGAGAUGCUUGAGGGAGAACCUGGCCCCAGUACGAGCACCCCAUUGCGCUCAACACGAACGGUUGCCGCGAAAAGGCGGCAUACCGAGAAAGAGGAUCGUUUGGAGAGCGCAUUUGAGAUUCUGGAAACUGCGUCUGAUCCACCACCUGACGAAUCCCAACAUUUUGCAAAUUUUGUUGCAGCGAAACUAAGAAAGCUGAACAAUUAUGAAAGGGUCCAUAUUGAAGCACGGAUAAUACAAUUAUUUGUAGAAAUUGAAACUACAUGUAUAGAUAAUAUAUAA